GACUGCUCUUUGCGCUCCACAUGCCAGGUAAAGCUCUGAUUUAGUUUAUUUGGUGAUCGCGAUAAACUCUCAGUGUUUAUUUUAUUGUUUAUUUUUAAUUGCAUUAGAUUCUAUUUUAUCCUGCAAGACAUUUGAGAUGACAGCUACCCAUCUCUCAGGACUACUUCAGCAGUCUUUCAGAGUGGUUUAGCACUGCUGCUAGUCAUUUAGCUAGCUAUAUCUCAGGACUACAGCAGUCCUUCAGAGUGGUUUAGCACCACUGCUAGUCAUUAAGCUAGCUGUAUCUCUUGGCACUACAGAAGUCUAAGAGUGGGUUACCAUUGAUGCUGGUCAUUCAGACGGUGGUUAGAGGAGCAUGGCUAAAUCCGCUCCCAUGAAGGUGUCCAAGUCGUUCGUGGAGGAUGACCUCUGCUGCCCGGUGUGCUGUGAGGUGUUCCAGGAGCCGGUCCUUCUAGCCUGCAGCCACAGCGUCUGCAAGAGCUGCCUGGAAAAGUUCUGGGAGACCAAGGCGGAACCGGAAUGCCCCAUGUGUCGGACCCGCUGCUCCAAGAGGUUCCCCCCCAACCUGGCGCUCAGGAACCUGUGUGAAAAGUUCUUGGAGGAGAAGAACAGAGACUCUGCGCCAGGGUCAGACUCUGAGGUGCUGUGCAGUCUGCACGGCGAGAAAUUCAAGCUCUUCUGUCUGGACGAUAAGCAGCCAGUGUGUGUGGUGUGUCGAGACUCGAGCAAACACACGCAUCACAUCGUCAUCCCCAUCGAUGAGGCAGCACAGCAGCUUAAGGAUGCAGUCAGACUCAAACUGGAGCCCAUAAGGAAGAAGCUGCAGACCUGGGAGGAUGCUAAACUGACCCUGGACCAAACCGCUCAGCACAUUCAAACACAGUUAGAAAAUACAGAGAUGCAGAUCAAGGAGGAGUUUGAGAAGCUUCACCAGUUCCUACGAGAUGAAGAGGCAGCCAGGAUAGCUGCACUGAGGGAGGAAGAGGAGCAGAAGAGUCAGAUGAUGAAGGAGAAGAUUGACAAGAUGAGCACUGAGAUCUUAUCCGUUACGUAUAAAAUCACCACCAUAGAGGAGGAGCUGAAGACUAACGAUGUUCUCUUCCUGCAGAACUACAAGAGCACAGUGGAAAGCCAGGAGAGACGGCAGCUUCCCGACACCCCGGACAGAGUGAAUGUGGACCCCAGCGUCCUGGGCUCCGAGGGCUACAGCUCCGGUACCCACUGCUGGGAGGUCCAGGUGCCCCAGAAUGGGGACUGGCUCCUGGGGCUGCUGAGCGCAUCUGCCCAGAGGAAGGGAGACGUCCAUGCCCGGCCUGGGGUGUGGUACGUGGGGCACAUGGGGGACACCUACACCGCGGGCUCCACACCACAGCCCUCCACUCUCCUCGCCGUGACCCACGACCCCAAGAAGGUCAGAGUGCAGCUGGACUGGGACAGAGGGAAAGUAAUCUUCUCUGACCCUGAUAGCAACGUCACUCUACACACCCUCAGACACGUGUUCACUGAGCGAGUGUUUCCGUACUUCAACACUGGGUCGGGGCUCGUUCCAUUGAAGAUCUUACCAGUGAAGACGUCUUUGGUAACAGAGCAGCAGCACAAACUGAAGGAGAAACACACCCACAAACUGAAACAAAGACAUUUGUCUUUACCACACUGA